AGUAGAAUCGGCAAUCGCAAACUGAAAAGAAGACCAGGAGGCGACACUUGGCUGAAAAGCAAAAGAAAUUGGUGGUACUUGAAGGUGAUUUCGUUCCUGCGAUUUGGUUCGGGUGGCGGCAGUUUGCCUCCUGGGCUGGACGGAUCGCUUCACACUCAAUGAUUAUUCAGUAUUCCCUUGUGUCAUCAGAGGAUCAGACCCUGUCGCAGUCAGAUCACAUUAGUUUGUUUAGCAGCAUGACUCAUGCUGGUUUGGUGCUGCGCCUUUCGACUCAUCGCGCCCGCCAGAUUACUCAUAGCGGGUCACCCUUCAUACCUCACUCAUACAAGCAAAGGGGACGGGCAACUUAUGGAAUGUCCGUGGCACCGCUUCAUAAAAAGUUUCUUCAUAAGGUAUCGAGAUAUAUUUUUCUCGGAAAAAGCAGUGGAUCCUCAUCGCAUGUGCAGUCGAAACAUAGGAUCCCGAAAAUGAAAAUGAAAGCAGCCAACCAGAAGCAUCCGAAACACCAGUCUAACAACAACACAAGGGGAAAUCACGAAACGAGCAGGGAAGGCAAAAUCACAGACAGCCCGAGCGGCAUGGACCCAACAGGUGCGACAAACAUAAUUCAUCAUAAGAACAACAAACACAACGGAUGAUUGAAAUGAGAAGGACGUGCGAAUGCGAAACAGUCCUUCAAUGUCCAUGUCGGACGACCUCUUCCAUGAUGAAGGAAUGGAUAUGCUCAAAAUAUCCUGGCUCAGCGACACUGUCAUUGUGGCCACCAUUGGGAAGAGUACGCCAGACUUUACGGCUGGACUUGCAGAUGGCGAACAGUUGGGUCAUAUUGGACGGUCUGCGUAAGCAACCU